CCUGUGCCACCGAAGCCAGAGGACGUGGCCAUCAUCAUGUACACGAGUGGGAGCACGGGAGUGCCCAAGGGAGUGCUCUUGAGCCACACCAACCUCACGGCUGCCCUCUACGGAUUCGCCACGGUCAUGGACCUCGCCCCCAACGAUGUAUACAUGGGUUUCCUGCCCCUCGCCCAUGUGCUCGAGCUCCUUGCUGAGAGCGUGAUGAUGAUCUGCGGUUGUUCCAUCGGGUAUUCCACUCCGCUCACGAUCACCGACACGUCGUCCAAGGUGAUGACGGGCUGCAAGGGAGACGCUUCCGUUCUCCGGCCGACGCUCAUCGCGGCCGUCCCGUUGAUCCUGGACCGGAUCUACAAGUCGAUCACGGAUAAGGUGGAAAAAGGAAGUGCAACAACGAAGGCACUAUUCCGGUUUGCUUGCAACUACAAGUCCGAGUGGGCCAAGCAUGGAUGGGACACGCCUCUCCUCAAUAGGCUGGUGUUCCGGAAAGUGCGCGAGAUCCUUGGCGGGCGGGUGCGAGGGAUUGCCUGUGGCGGGGCACCGCUCAGCCCCGAGACCCACGACUUCAUCCGCACGUGUCUCUGCUGCCCCGUCAUCCAAGGAUACGGUCUGACGGAGACCUCUGCCUGUGCCACGUUGAUGGCGUGGGGUGAGAACUCCACUGGCUUAGUUGGCGGUCCACUGCCCUGCUGUGACAUCCGCAUGGUCAACUGGGAGGAGGGGAACUACCGUAUCACUGACAAACCCAAUCCACGGGGCGAAGUCAUCAUCGGUGGAGCAAAUGUGUCCCAGGGUUAUUACAAGAUGCCAGAGAAAACAAAGGAGGACUUCUUUCAUGCCGAGGGGAAACAGUGGUUCCGAACUGGGGACAUUGGUGAGAUGACACCUGAUGGAUGUCUCAGAGUUAUUGACCGGAAGAAGGACCUGGUGAAGCUACAAUUUGGGGAGUAUGUAUCACUGGGAAAGGUGGAGACGGAGCUGAAGACCUGCCCCAUCGUGGACAACGUCUGCGUGUACGGUGACUCUCGCCACAUGUUCACCGUCGCACUGGUGGUCCCCAACCCAGAUAAACUGAAAGACAUAGCCGUUGCGGUCGGAGUCUCACCCGAAAAAUCCUUCGAGGAACUCUGCUUGGAGAAGAAAAUUGAAGAUGCUGUUCUCAAGGAGAUCCAGAACCACGGCAAGAAGAGUCGCCUGGAGAGAUUCGAAGUCCCACAAGCAAUGAAGCUGUGCAGUGAAAUCUGGUCGCCAGAUAUGGGACUGGUAACGGCAGCGUUCAAGCUCCGCCGGAAACCCAUCCAAGAUCGAUAUCAAGACGACAUCAAUCGCAUGUAUGGAGCGAGCUGAGAGAAGCAUUAGACUCGGUCGUUGUUACUAUUUUUCCUUUCUAAAGGAACGGUUGGAAGUUCGAUAGCAAGUGCUUCCCCACAGCGGGUUUGUGAUAUUUUUCUCCUGGGUCGUAUGUAUCCGAGGGAGAACGGGGUUACUUUUUAGUUUGUUUUUCCCUUGGAGUAAUAAUACAACUCGGAAACGAGUGUAAGUGGGGCGGGAAUUAUUUAACGAUUAUCUGCAAAAGUCCAUUAUAUCGGUAUAUCCAACAAUAAGCACGAGCGUAAUUGUCGUCCCCUUCGGUGCUAACCGGGCUGCACUCACCUUGCCAUGUUUUUUGUCCUCUGAUGCAUCUGCAGCUUAUUUUCCCUUGCUCCACGCACUUUUUACCUCGUGUUCGUUUUUUGCAUGUGCAUUUUAAAGAGGAUUUCUUGGUCUUUAUAUCCCCCUUGAACGUUGUGCAAUUUCUGAGACUUGCCAGACGUAUCAGACACCGGUGUUGGUGUGCCUCAGAUCGAGUAACCCUUUCGGCAUUACAUUUUGAAACGAUUGGAAUGGAUGAAUGCAAUUACUGCGUGAAAUCACUGUAUCACAAAUCGAGAGUAACGUUGUGAUAGCAAUCUGGAACGAGGAAAACGAGUCAUAAUAUGGAUAUUUGGUAAUUAUUGGUAUGGGAGUGUUUUUAAUCAGGCUCCAUAUUUUGGUUCCUUGUCCCGUUAUAUUUGGUCGUUUUGUGUUCAUUUUCCAUGUCAUUAGUUUGAAAAUAAAAAAAUCAAUGAUUAUUUUAUUGAAA